GCGAACAAUCAGCUCUCAGUUAUUUAUUAGUGCGCCUCGCAGCUCCGCUCCGCUCAGUCUGCUGCUUGCUACCCGUCAGCGCGCACACAUGCGCACGGAGGAAAGGAGCUCCGCACACUUGUGGACGUUUAUUUUGAACAAUAAACGCAGAUCAUUGAUUUGAGAUACGACGGCACCGCUCACUGUGCGAUGAGACUAAAAUUUGAUGUGUGAUUUGUGAAGCGCCCACGCUGCCACAUUGAGGCUUGUUUUUGUUUUGUUUUUUUAAAAACUGUUUUUUCAUUGGCUGACAUGAGAACUGCCGAGGAGUCCUCUGGAACGGUCCUGCACCGUCUCAUCCAGGAACAGCUCCGCUACGGAAACCUGACGGACACGCGCACGCUUCUGGCCAUCCAGCAGCAGGCACUGCGUGGAGGCAGCAGCGGCGGCGGCACUGGCAGUCCCCGCUCCUCUCUGGAGAGCCUCACUCAGGAGGACACUCAAUACAUCCAGAUGUCAACAAGGCAGGAGCCUCAAGGUCAGGAGCACCAAGGAGACAGCUUGCACUCUGAGAGCCCCGUGUGCCACCUGUACCAUCUCCACAAGGAGGAACUGCCUACUUACGAGGAAGCCAAAGCCCACUCCCAGUUCCUGAACUCUCAGAAGGGGCAGGCGGAGCACAAUGGACCCAGCAUGGAUGUAGUGGGAAGUGGAAGUGAGGCACAGUGGGAUCUGAAGAGAGAGCAUGCUCGCUCUCUCAGUGAGAGACUCAUGCAGCUUUCUCUGGAGAGAAACCGGUCUAGGGACAGUCUGCCUAUGAGUUCCUCACACAGCUACCCACAGCUCUAUAAUCAUCACAACAAUGUUUUAAAUGCUGCGACACCUGACAGACAAAGGGCUCAGCCGUGUACAGAGCAGCGAGGACCACCCCCAGACUAUCCUUUCUGUGUCAGACUUCCUGGAUACAUGCUCAGCCACUCACAGGAGUAUGUGCAAUACAAUCAAGACCCUCAUCCUCUCCUCUACACACAACAGCACAGGUUUGUGUCUGCUCAGUCGCAGGUGACUCACAACAGCAUCACAGCAGCUUCAGACAGCAACACCCCUCAGAGCGACACAUUAAUGCGGGAGAACGAGCGGCUCAGGAAGGAACUGGAGGUGUACACGGAAAAGGCCACCAGGCUUCAGAAGUUGGAGUUGGAGAUUCAGAGGAUAUCUGAGGCUUAUGAGACCCUCAUGAAAGGCUCUGCCAAGCGAGAAACUCUGGAGAAAACGAUGAGGAAUAAGCUCGAGGCAGAGGUUAAGAGAAUGCAUGACUUCAACAGAGACCUGCGAGAGCAACUCGACGUGGCUACCAAGCACAGAGCGGACUGCGCCGACCCGAAGCAGCACGUCUUUGUCAAACUCCUGGAGCAAAAUGAAGAGCAGCAGCGGGAGCGCGAACGUAUGGAGAAGCAGAUUCAGCACCUGCGAGUGUCCGGGGAGGAGUGCCAGCGGAAACGGGAGCUGAUGGAGCAGGCUCUGGCCUCGACGCAGAGUCGCAACCGUCAGCUGGAAGAAGAACUUCAGAGGAAGAGGGCGUACGUGAAGAAAGUGGAGAGGCUGCAGAGUGCGCUGGCCCAGCUGCAGGCCGCCUGUGAGAAGAGGGAAGCGCUGGAGCUCCGGCUACGCACGAGGCUGGAGCAGGAGCUAAAAAGCCUCAGGGCACAACAGUCCCAGAACCAGAGCACUGAUUCCACAGCUUCAGAACCGAGCUCGUCCAGGUUGCAGCAGCAUCUGAGGGAGAAGGAGGAGCGUAUCCUGGCCCUGGAGGCAGAUAUCACCAAGUGGGAGCAAAAGUACCUGGAGGAGAGCACCAUGAGGCAGUUUGCAAUGGAUGCAGCAGCCACAGCUGCAGCACAGAGAGAUACAACUAUCAUCAAUCACUCCCCGCGGCACUCUCCGGACAGUAGUUUUAAUGAAGACCUGCCGUUGUCCCAUCACAGACGUCAGGAGAUGGAGAACAGGAUCCGCGCUCUUCAUGCUCAGCUCCUGGAGAAGGACGCGGUGAUCAAAGUCCUCCAGCAGCGCUCCAGGUUGGAGCAGAACAAGCCUGAGAAACAGGGGCUUCGUUCGGCCAGAUCCGUCCCCUCCAUCAACAUAGCGACCAGCGGCAUGGAGAGCAAAGGAAAGAGCCUCUCAGAUGACCAGACAGGUGCAGCGGUGCUGCAGCCCAAGCUGUUCGCUGCUGCUAAGGUCCUGAGCCGAGACUGCAGCACGCAGAGCGACGAGGCCUCACAGGAGCCUGAGGCCACAGCAGAGCACGGCAUGCUCAAGAUGUGUGAAGCGAGCUCAGCGGCUACACCUGAAACCUCGGAGGAGCUAAAGCUUCCGCUGAAGAUGCUAAGGAGCCUCAACAGCUUGGGCGCAGACGUGGUGGAAAUCCUCAUCUGAACGCUCACUGCGGCUCGUAUGACUGACAGCAGCGCUGACACAAACUCUUGGCUGAGACUUUAAAGGGCUUCCUCGACGUCUGGCUUAAAUCAACAUGCGUGUGCUGAGAUUUCCUUCUGCUGUUUCUGCACAACUCAUAAACGGGCAGUUGGGAUUCGUUCACGGUACCUGGACAGUAUUUCAGUGUGACAGGAACUGGGCUGCUGACUGUGCAUAUAUUGUGCAUGUUUCUCUUUUUAUUUUUUAAUUAUGUAUUGUAUUUAUACAUGUAAAUGCUGCUCAUAAUUGAUGUGAUUUUGUUUGUCCUAAAUGUGCACCACUUUCUUUUUUCUAAUUAUAUACAUAUGACUCA